AUGAACGCAUCCUGUUAUGACUUUAUCGUUGUCGGCGGUGGUACUGCUGGUUUGGUCGUCGCAGCCCGCCUUUCCGAAGAUCCUAGCCAGCAGGUUCUGGUGUUGGAAGCUGGGUCCGAUGCCAGUGAAGAUCCACGUGUCAAAACCCCAGGGCUUUGUAUGUCCUUGUUAGGAUCCGAUCUCGAUUGGGGCUUCGAAUCACAGAUUCAGCCUCACCUCGAUGGCCGAGCCGUCAGUUUGAAUCAGGGUAAAGCCCUAGGUGGUUCGAGUGCCAUCAAUUUCCAAAUAUUCGUUCCUCCGGUCCCUUCUAUGGUGAACGACUGGGAAUCUAUCCUUGGGAAUAACGGCUGGAAUUGGGAAACUCUUAGCCCUUACUUCGCCAAGGCUUAUACCUCUGCCCCCGCCGAGGAGGGCUCGGAAGAGACACUUGGAAUCGAUGGGUGGACCAAUAGGGGUACUACUUUCGGGCCAAUCCGCACGUCAUUUGCUGGUGAUCUAUCCCAUCCGAUCAGGAAGAUCUGGGCCGAUACAUUCCGAAGUACUGGGCAGUACAUGACCCAAGACCCACUUCACAAUGCCUCUGUGGGUAGUUUCACUUCCCUUUCAUCCGUCGACCCAACCACACAGGAGAGAAGCCAUUCCGCAGUUGCCUAUUACCAUCCAAUCAAAUCAAGAAAAAAUCUGAAAGUCUUCACCAAUGUCCACGUAGAAAAGGUGCUCCUUGAUGACCAAAGACGAGAUGGCAAGGGGGUAAAAGCGAUCGGCGUGGCGUAUCGAUGCAAUGGAGAGCUGAGAGAAAUCACCUGCAGCAAAGAGGUCAUCAUGGCGGCGGGUGCACUACAGACACCCAAAAUCUUGGAGCUCUCUGGAAUAGGAAACAGCAGCCUCCUUCGACAGCAUGGAAUUGACUCCGUUGUUGAGCUCCCAGGAGUUGGAGAAAACCUUCAGGAUCAUCUUAUGUGCUCCAUGAGCUUUGCGGCGGUGGACGAUCUAGAAACAUUUGAUGCAUUCUACCGACAAGAGCCUGAUGCAGUGAAAGACGCAAUGGAAAGGUAUGAUCAGGAUCGAAGAGGACCCCUCGCUUCGUUUGGUGCCUACACCUGCGCAUUUCUCCCUGUUCUCGACCAUAUCCCCGCCGAAGGUCGACAAAGGCUUACCAAGUUGCUGGAAGCAAAUCGUCCUGCACCUAGUCAGGAGACCACGCCGGCUCAUGCCCAGGCUCGGGCGUAUUACCAGAUAGCCGAGACCAGUUUACUCGAUCCUAACCAGCCGUCUUGUGCGUACCUGUCCUUCAUUGCUCAGCACGUCGGGUCUUUCGAACCCAACACGAAAUCCUUCUCCAUCAGCGCGAUGCAUUCACACCCUCUGUCCCGCGGAACUGUUCAUAUCAAAUCAUCGGAUGCGGCAGUGAGCCCAGCUGUCGACCCCAACUUCCUAUCUAACCCAGUAGACUUGGAGAUAUUUGCAGAGAACAUGCUUCAGAUCGAGACGCUGGUUCGCACAGCCCCUUUGAGUCAGCUUAUCCAGCAACCCGUCGUCCACCGCGAUCCAGACUCAAACUUGACAGACCUGGAUGCGGCCAAGAAAUGGAUUCGAAAGAACGCCACGUCUAUGUGGCAUUAUGUGGGCACUUGUGCAAUGCUCCCUAAGGAGUUGAAUGGUGUGGUAGACAAUACCCUGAAAGUCUAUGGGGUGGACAAUCUUCGUGUCGUGGACUCAAGUGCCAUCCCAGUUAUUAGUACCGCUAAUAUUCAGGCAACUGUCUAUGCCUUUGCCGAGAGAGCGGUCGAUUUGAUCAAGGAAUGCCAUGGGUUGAAAUGA